AGGAGGAGGAGGAGAAGGGGGAGGAGCUUGUGAAGUUCAAGCGCACCGCCCACUGGUGCUCCUACUGGAUUCACAUAAACUUGGACGCGUCCUGCUUAACGAUGACCAAACGGCACGAAGGAGCACGAGAGAGCCAUCGUGUCGCGGCAAAGCACGCUGGAUAGGCUGGCUUCACUAUUUCUUCACUAUUUAUUUAAUUUUUUUUAGCAGAGAGAGAUAGAAAGUCCAGAUUGCGGUAGAAACACCUCAGAGGAGGGAAGCAGCAGAAGAUCGGAGGCGUCCUGUACAAGCUCCCCGAGAUAUCCAAUCCCAGCAGGAGGAAUAUUAAUAUCUCUCUAAACUGAAGGAAAGAUUCCAGAGUUCCAGUGAAUGAUCAUGCGGAGAAGAAGCGCGUCCCGGGACAUGAUCGUCUUAUUGUUUUUCAUGCUGCGCGCUCCCGGCGCACAUUGCGCGCUCCCUUCCACCCCGAUGGCCAGCGUGCACCCUCAGGACCCGGCCCUUCGGAUCGGCGCCAGCUUGACCGCCACGUGUUCCGUCGGCACCGACCACGGACUGCACGCCGGCUCGCUCUACUGGACGCUAAACGGCCGACGGCUUCCAAGCAACACCUACAGCGUGCUCAGCCCCAGCGUCCUCAGCGUCACGUUGAGCAACCUGAGCGGCUCGCGUCAGCGCUCGGGCGACAACCUGGUGUGUCACAGCGGCGGGGGGCACGUGCUUGCCGGGUCCUGUCUCUACGUGGGCAUGCCGCCUGAGAAACCGGUGAACCUUACGUGCUGGUCGAGAAACACAAAAGAUCUCACCUGCAAAUGGGCUCCUGGGGGUCAGGGAGAGACCUUCAUCAAGACCAAAUACACUCUCAAGUACAAGCUGAAGUGGUACGGCCAGGAGAAAGAGUGCGACGACUACAGCGGCGGGCAGCCGUACACGUGCUACAUCCCACGUGACCUCGCCCUCUUCACGCCCUAUGAGAUAUGGGUGGAGGCCUCCAACCAGCUCGGGAGCGCCACCUCAGACGUCAUCAACCUAGAUAUCCUGGACGUGGUGACGACGGAUCCUCCGGCCGAUGUGCAUGUGAGCCGCGUGGGCGAUCUGGACGAUCAGCUGACCGUACGCUGGGGAACUCCGCCUGCCCUCAAAGACUAUCUCUUCCAGGCCAAGUACCAGAUUCGCUACAGGCUUGAAGACAGCACCGAUUGGAAGGUGGUGGAUGACAUGGGGAACCAGACGUCUUGCAGGUUGGCAGGGCUCAGGCCGGGGACCGUUUACUUCGUCCAGGUGCGAUGUAACCCAGUCGGCAUCCUGGGAUCGAGGAAGGCGGGCAUCUGGAGCGACUGGAGUCAUCCGACGGCAGCGUCCACGCCACACAGCGAGCGCUCAAUGGCAGGUUCGUGCGACUCCAAAGCGGCGCGGCAGAACUCGACACUGCGUCAGGACCUGAAGCAAUUCUUCAGCUGGGUGCGCAAGCGUGUUUCCGACUGCAGUGCCAUGAGCAUCAAACAAUACGACCAGUGGCGCGUCUGGCUGCAGAAGUCUCACAAAACCCGAAACCAGGUUCUUCAAGGAGAUAAAUCGUAGCAACAUCAACCCCCUGGCUGCUGGAACAUUGGACAAGAUGGGGGAUUAGGGGAUGGGAGGGGUGGAUGGGGGCAGCUAGCUUUCUUUUUCGUGCCACGCUAGCUGUUAAUCCUGCUGCAGAAAGACUUGAGAAGGAACAACCUGAGAUUUCAAAUCCACUGGACACUUCAUUAAAAAAGUGCCUUUUUGUUUGGUCCGGACAGGAAACCAGCCUUUUUUUAAAAUGUUUGAUUGAUACCCAUGACAGAUAUGGACGAUAUCUUGGGCUGGGAUUUGCACAUUUUGUUCCGAGGAUGACGUCACACGACAUUUCGUGCAUUUCAUUUCUGUGAUAUUAUUACAUAACAGAAGGCUGCAAUAUGCAAAUGACCCCCUCUAACCAGUGCCUUAAUGUUUCAUGAUGUGCUGUUGUGUGCUAAACACUCCAGAUUUGGAUGUUCCAACCCCCCCCCGAGUACCAUAGGCCAAGUCGUAAUACAUAUCAACGAACAGAAUAUGUCCGAAUAUGUUCUUUUUAGUGUUCGUUUUUGCUAGAAUCAUCUUCAUUAGUGUCCACUCUAACCAAAGAUACCUGUAUACUAGGUGUGGGUGAUAUAGCAGGAAUAUUACAUCAUGAUAUUUGAAGAUUUUUUUUGACACUACUCUCUAAACUGUACCAUUCAUAAAGCUUUUACUUUUUUAAAGGGUAAUUAUGGUUCAAUUAUUUACCUUAAGGUACACUUUAUCCAUAUUUCCAGCUGAAAGAUGCAUAUAUGCAUUUGCCAAGUAGUGCCACAUGUUUUUUUUUUUUUUUUUUUUUUUUUUAUAAUAAAAUGUUAAUAUCCAGUCAGCUACUUGUUACUAUGUAACUACUGACGAUAUUCCGGAAAAUGUAUGUAUCGUGCUAUUAUCUCAUCAUCACCCAACCCUAUGAUCAACCAUUAAUGAGUGUUCCAGUUCUGUGCAGUUGUUGAUGUGCAUUUUGACAGGAAUAGCUCUCAGUUUCCAAUAUGAAGAUGACCUUAUUCAACCGAGUUGUAAUAAGCUUUUUUAAACCAAAUUUUUACUGAUGGUUUUUUAAAAUUUCUAAUCUCACAAUCUCAGUAUGUAGCAAUAAAAAUCCCCUAUUUUUUUUCUCUAGAAUUCAUUUAUUGAAUUUUACGUUUUGUGUUGAUGCUCCCACACAUAAACCAUGUGGUGUCACCUUCCUGGACUAAAAAUAGAAGAGAAUUUUUUCUCGUCAUAAUUAGUCCAUUAAAGCAUUUCUACUUCUGUCGCAGCGGGACUCAAGAUAAACAUUGCAACAUUGCAAAGUUUACAUUUGCGAAGACAAAGAUACAGAGGCUGGGACUGACUGGGUCACUAUUCUGUUUAUUCAGCAUUGGAUUAAUCCUCUCACUCUUUUUGCCCUCAUGGCUGGAAUUCCAAAAAACAAAACAAAAAACACCCUGCAAUCGAACUCUGUGGCACCGGGACUGUUCGUAAAUAAUUGUAUGUAUGUUUGUACAAUUGUACUGCUUUUUAUUUUUGUACUGAAUUGUAUCAGCGUAUUUAAAAAGAAAAAGUGUAAAGUGUUCUGGCUCUUAAGUUAUAAGUAGGUAGAUUGUAAUAUGACUGACUGAAUUAUUAAACUGUAAUAUUGAAUAUCA